UCUCCAGGCGGCCCGAUGCUCGCACCAUGUCGAGGCGCAAGCAGGCGAAACCCCAGCACAUCAACUCGGAGGAGGACCAGGGCGAGCAGCCCCCGCAGCAGCCGGCCCCGGAGUUUGCAGAUGCGGCCGCAGCGGCGCCGGCGGCGGGGGAGCCGGGUGCUCCAAUGAACCACCCGGGGACUGGCAGUGAAGCCAACAGGGAUGGAAUGACUGCAAAGAGGACUCGUCGGGAGGAGACUCACAUCUGUGAGAAAUGCUGUGCAGAGUUCUUCAGCUUCUCGGAGUUCUUAGAACAUAAGAAAAAUUGCACUAAAACCCCACCGGUGCUCAUCAUGAAUGACAGCGAGGGGCCGGUGCCUCCGGAGGAGUUCCCCGGGGCCGCGCUCGGCCACCCGCCGCACAGCCCAGGCGGUAAGGAGGGUCACAGGGAGGAUGGCGGCGGCUCGGGGGAGCUGAAGGAGAAGCUGGGUGCCGAGUCUGUCGUGUACCUGAAGGCCGAGACCGCCCUGCCCACCGCGUCCCAGGACAUAAGCUAUCUACCCAAAGGCAAAGUGGCCAACACUAAUGUCACUCUGCAAGCACUGCGGGGCACCAAGGUGGCGGUGAACCAGCGCAGCGCCGAGGCGCCGCUGGCCCCCGUGCCCGGCGCCAGCAGCAUCCCGUGGGUCCUGGAGCAGAUCCUGUGCCUGCAGCAGCAGCAGCUGCAGCAGAUCCAGCUCACUGAGCAGAUCCGCGUGCAGGUGAACAUGUGGGCCUCGCACGCCCUCCACUCGGGCGUGGCGGGAGCGGACACCCUCAAGACCCUGGGCAGCCACAUGUCCCAGCAGGUUUCCGCGGCCGUGGCCUUGCUCAGCCAGAAAGCCGGCAGCCAGGGCCUGUCUCUGGACUCCUUGAAACCAGCCAAGCUACCUCACGCAAACAUCCCUUCCACCGCCAGCUCCCAGGGGCUGGCGUCCUUCGCCCUGAAGCCCGACGGGACGAGGGUGCUGCCGAACGUCAUGUCGCGCCUUCCUGGUGCUUUGCUACCUCAGGCCCCAGGCUCUGUGGUCUUCCAGAGCCCUUUCUCCACCGUGGCGUUAGACCCGUCCAAGAAAGGGAAGGGGAAGCCACCGAACGUGUCCCCGGUGGAGGCCAAACCCAAAGACGAGGCCGUCCUCUGCAAGCACAAGUGUAAGUACUGUAGCAAGGUUUUUGGGACCGAUAGCUCCCUGCAGAUCCACCUCCGCUCCCAUACCGGAGAGAGACCCUUCGUGUGCUCUGUCUGUGGCCACCGGUUCACCACCAAGGGCAACCUCAAGGUGCACUUUCAUCGACAUCCCCAGGUGAAGGCCAACCCCCAGCUCUUUGCCGAGUUCCACGACAAAAUGACGGCAGGCAAUGGCAUUCCCUAUGCACUCUCUGUACCCGUCCCCGUAGAUGAAUCGAGUCUCUCUUUAGACAGCAAACCUGUCCUUGUAACAGGGACCCCCGGUCUAGGGCUACCUCAGAAUCUCUCUUCAGGGACUAACCCCAAGGACCUCCUGGGCGGCCCUCUGCCCAACGACCUGCAGCCCGGGCCUUCCCCAGAAAGUGAGGAUGGAUCCCUACUGUCUGGGGGGGGGCCAAACCACACUUCCCCGAGGGUUGGUGGCUUCCAAGGGAGUGGGACCCCCGAGCCGGGGUCAGAGACCCUGAAAUUACAGCAGCUGGUGGAGAACAUCGACAAGGCCACCACCGACCCCAACGAAUGUCUCAUUUGCCACCGGGUCUUGAGCUGCCAAAGCUCCCUCAAGAUGCAUUACCGCACCCACACCGGGGAGAGGCCGUUCCAGUGCAAGAUCUGUGGUCGGGCCUUCUCCACCAAGGGCAACCUGAAGACGCACCUCGGGGUUCACCGGACCAACACGUCCAUAAAGACGCAGCACUCGUGCCCCAUCUGCCAGAAGAAGUUUACGAACGCGGUCCUGCUGCAGCAGCACAUCCGGAUGCACAUGGGCGGCCAGAUUCCCAACACGCCUCUGCCCGAGAACCCCUGUGACUUUGCGGGUCCCGAGGCCACGAUGGUCAGUGAAAAUGGCAGCGCGGGUGCCACCUGUCACGAUGACGUCAUUGAGAGCAUCGACGUGGACGAGCUGGGUCCCCAGGACGCUUCGGGCAGCUCCCUGAAGGUCCCCGUGCCGCUUCCCAGCGUCCACUCGGCAUCCCCCACUCUCGGGUUCGCCGUGACGGCCGCCCUAGAUGCCCCGGGGAAGGUGGGUCCUGCUCCUCUUGUCCUGCAGCGGCAGAGCAGCAGAGAAAACGGCUCGGUGGAGAGCGACGGCUUGACCAACGACUCGUCGUCCUCGGUGAUGGGGGACCAGGAGUACCAGAGCCGAAGUCCAGAUGUGCUGGAGACCGCGUCCUUCCAGGCCCUGUCCCCGGCCAAUAGCCAGGCAGAGAGCAUCAAGUCCAGGUCUCCUGAUGCUGGUGGCAAAGCAGACAGCUCCGAGAACAGCCGCACUGAGAUGGAAGGUCGUAGCAGUCUGCCAUCAGCAUUUAUCCGAGCCCAGCCAACCUAUGUCAAAGUUGAAGUCCCUGGUGCGUUUGUUGGACCUGCGACCAUGUCCCCAGGCAUGACACCUUUGCUAACGGCCCAGCCACGCCGACAGGCCAAACAACACGGCUGCACACGGUGUGGGAAGAAUUUCUCCUCGGCGAGCGCUCUUCAAAUUCACGAGCGGACUCACACUGGGGAGAAGCCUUUCGUGUGUAACAUAUGUGGGCGAGCUUUUACCACCAAAGGCAACUUGAAGGUCCACUAUAUGACGCAUGGGGCGAACAAUAGCUCGGCUCGCCGUGGGAGGAAGCUGGCCAUCGAGAACACCAUGGCUCUGUUAGGAACUGAUGGGAAGAGAGUCCCUGAGAUGUUUCCAAAGGAAAUCUUGGCCCCUUCGGUGAACAUGGACCCUGUCGUGUGGAACUAGUACACCACCAUACUCAAUGGAGGUCUGGCCAUGAAGACCAAUGAGAUCUCUGUGAUCCAGAGUGGGGGGAUUCCUACCCUCCCAGUCUCCCUGGGGGCCAGCUCCAUUGUGAACAACACCACUAUCUCCAAGAUGGAUGGCUCCCAGUCUGCCAUCAGUGCUGAAGUGGAAAAACCAGGUGCUGCCGACAGCGUCCCCAAACACCAAUUCCCUCACUUCCUCAAAGAAAAUAAGAUUGCAGUCAGCUAAGCUCUUUGUCGAGGGAGAAAUGCAGGCAGAAUGACCUCUAGAACUCUACUACUUUUUUUUUUCCUUGUUAAAAGAAACCAUCUCCUCCUGUUUUUCUUACUGAUGUGCAAAUGAUGUUUACAGUUGUGAUCACAA